AAAGCAGGUUGACUUGACUUCACUUUGAUUCUACACCGUGCUUUCCACUACUUCUCUUUUCUUUCAGUUUCUCACAUCCAUAAUCUCUUUUUUUCCCCCUAUCUUGAGACUUGAAGUAUUUCUUGUUUUCGUUUAUUAUUUGCUGUGGCCGCUCAUAGGUAGCUACAAGAAUGGAUAAUCAGAAGGAAACGAGUACGCAUUUUGAGACGUUCACCUGGAGAAUUGAAAACUUCUCAAAGCAAAAGACCAAGAAUCUACAAUCCAAGGCUUUCCGAAUCGCAGGUUAUAAAUGGCGGAUUCUUCUGUAUCCAUUGAGGAAAAACGUUGACCAUUUUUCAUUAUAUUUGAUGGUUGCGGAUUCUUUACCAGCUUAUGGAUGGAGCAGAAACACGUAUUUCAAGUUGGCUCUGGUUAAUCAGUUGGAUGGCAACAAGUCUGUUGUAAAGGAGACUCAUCAGAAGUUCAAUGGUGGAUAUCGCAGCUGGGGCUCAUCAUUCAUGAAUCUCAGUGACUUCUAUGACUCUAAACAAGGCUAUCUUGUGAACAACACAUGCAUCAUUGAAGCUCAUAUUUGUGUUUCCAAUGUUAGCGCUAUUCAAUCUACCAGCUUUAAAAAGGUUACUCCAACCCAUGACUCUGAAUUAGGUGAUCAAGAAACAGAAACAUCAGAAGAAAGUGAGACACCUAGUUCCUCAACCUAUGGGUCUAGUCAAACGGAACAGGAAGUUCAAGUUUCAGAUUUGACUCUGAGAGACCUCCUAGAUUUGGAGAAUUUAGGAGCAGAAGAAGAAGCUUUUGUUCCACUGUUGGAAGAGGCCUGCACUUGGCACCCUUCCCUGAUAAGGAGCCAGAGUAAAAGAACUAGCAGGUUCAAACUAUGGGCAUUCACAUCUUUGGGUCAAGUUCUACAUAUCCUCAAGACAAGUAAAGUGAAGGAUAUGAAUGAAGAUGCCAUCAAUCACCUUCAAAGUUUGUGGGAGGAGCUUGUUAAGGCUUCUGGAUUUGACUUGGCUUGGCUGGAGCCUUAUGUUGAAUCUGCAUUGGGUUUGAAAGAACAUUUGGAAAGAACAGUGGCAGUGAAUAAGCUGAAGGAUAAGGUGGUUGAUGUGGAGAUUAAAAUGAAGAAGCUGAGGGGUGAAUUGGCUGCUGCAGAAGCUGAGUUUGAGAGUGCAAGGAGAGACUUGGCUGAGGCAAGAAAAGGUUUCGUAGAGAUUGAUUUGAAUGCUGAGUUGGGUUAUGCCAUGUUUUAGAUUUUAGACAACUUGCAGCUGGCAUCAUUGCUAACAUGCGUUGACACUCUCUUUGAGAUAAAAGUGUACAAAACUCAUGUUAUGGAUUAAGAUCAAAAUCUGUUCACGUUACAUUUAACUGGUAUCCGAACGCACACUUGUAUGUGAGCCUACUUUUCCUGAAGGUUCUCCAAGUUCAAUUUCCUUGCAAAAUUAUGGGGCAAAAUACAUUUGGUGUCCACUGCAGUGCUGCUGCUAAUAUCACAUGUACUUUGUAUGAUUCUUCUUGCAUCACGGAGAUUGGAGAUUUUUUUUGCAGAUAA